CCAGACUAGGUCUGAAAAAGAAUUUCGAGUUCAUCCAGUUCCACUUUUCAGUUCCUAUUUGUUGUAGCUGUUUGCAGACAUUCUAGGAGUGUUCCUCUGGAGAGCUGUCAGCUAUGGAGGUUUUACUGAAAAUGCCACAUACAGACUUGACUUUCAGAGACAGCAUGGAGGAGAAAGGAUCUGGUAAAAAUCCCAAAAGAAAAUGUGUAGCAAUUACAUGUCCUAUAACAGUUGCCAAGGUGAUUUGUUGCCUCAUCAUUAUUGGGGUCCUAACUGCAAUUGUGAUUACACUUUCUAUUGCUUUGGCAGUGAGAAAACCAAUGCCGGUCUUCGAGUGCCCUGUGUAUACUGCCUGUCCAGAAAGAUGGAUUGGGUUCGGAAGAAAGUGUUUUUAUUUUUCUGAAGACAUAAGGAAUUGGACAUACAGCCAGGCUUUCUGUGUCUCUUUAAAAGCUGAUCUUGCUCGGAUUGAAACUCUGGAGGAACUGAAAUUCCUAAAAAGAUACAAAGGCCCUUCUGACCAUUGGAUUGGCCUUAGCAGAGAAUCAUCGCAUCACAUUUGGAAAUGGACAGACAACACCGAAUAUAAUGCCACGUUUGUCAUCAAAGGAGUUGGGGAAUGUGCCUACCUGAAUGACAAUGGAGUCAGUAGUGCCAGGACCUACACAGAUAGGAAAUGGAUUUGUAGCAAGCCAAGUGAUGUCUCCAUAUAGCACAAUGUUUCAGGGUCUUGAUGGAGAUGAGUCUAGUUGUGGAGGACGUUGCUUCAUUGGCCCAAGUUUGCACCAUCA